AUGGAGAAGGUAGAGUGGAGUAUAGUUGUUGCAGUGACCGAGGUGUCGUCAAGUAUGCCGAAGGAGCAAUGGCAGGAGGAUAUGCCUCUCCCUGGCGACAUUAUUCUGGACCUCAACACCACGGACGGCAUCCCUCUUGGUAUGGAGACCUUCUAUACCCAAAAAGCAGCACUAGAAAAUGAACUCCGCCAAAAUUAUAACAGAACCGAAGACGCCCUUCGUCUCAAAGUUAGACGAAGCCAUAGUAUUGUGGACUUAAAAGUGUACGUGAUAGCUGAGGAAUCCUGCAUGCCCAAGAAGCAUUACACCAUCAGGGCUUUCGCCGACACCAGGCACGUCGUUGUUCUCGACGAGUGUACAUACAAUGUUUACACCAACCUCCAAGAAUGUAGUGAAAGGAUCCUCAAAACAUAUACCCAACAACGCAUAGAGUCCAAGGCCUUUCUAGUUAAACAGCGCACGGAGGAAUUACUGAACGACAGGCGGUUCGGGAACAACACUAUAAGCUACCCAUGGGAAUCAAAGAUGGAUGCGAAUCUACCUGCUGAAAGGUCUUCUAUGAUGUUUACGCUACUUUUCGUGCCCCCUCGAGACGAUUCAUGUGAUCAGUGGAAAGCUGUUGAAGACACAGCGACUCGAGCAAUGACAUGGUUGUGCGCUGCUCAGUCUUCGGGAGUUCCCAUCAUGUUCGUCAACAUUCAAACGGAGCUUAUUCUAGACACGCCAAACAAAAUGGCUCAGUUGUUUAAUGAUAGCUGCAACCAGGAUUCCGCCAAGUCAGGGUCGAUUUUGCGGCUUACAGAUUCUGGACGGUACAUGAUUGACAGUUGGGAAAGACUCAAGAUUGAAAUUGCAAGGGGAGUACGCCUCUGGUACGCACCGGUCGCUGCAGAAUUACCAGUGGAUUUGAAGCUGGACCAAGGACAAACCAGAUAUGGCUUAAAUGUAAAUCGCACAGAAGAGGGAUUUUUUUACAUAUCAGCAGUUGAUAGUGGAUCAGUUUCUGAGGAAGCUGGGCUGAAAAGGAUAUUGCAAUCUGCAAUGAGUCAAGAGAAGCAUCUGGUGAUUUCGAGAGUUGCGGGGAAGAAAGUAACUCCUUGGAUGGUCUCUUCCGCAGGAUUGAUUCAUUGCUACGAUCCUGUGGCCCUAGGGGAAGCCUUGAUAUUCGCCAGGUGUAUUAAUGGCUAUGCUCUGAUUCAUGUUAUGCUUUGUGAAGGAGCCAGGCCUGAGUCGAUGGAUAACACAAAAGGAAUCAAGUUAUAA